ACAGCAACAGAAGCAGCAGGAAGGACAACUGCAAGUGUUGUAGACGACAAACACAUACACAUACACACACACACACCCAAGCGUAUACAACUGACACGCCCCAAAAACCAAUUCAUAUAUAUAUAUAUAUAUAUAUAUAUGUAUAUACAUAUGCUGAGAGCAAUGACAACAUCAGCCAUCCCAUUGUCAUCCCAGUUUGGUGGCAAUGGCGAUGAUUUUCCAAGCGUUUUGGAAAUAGAACUGCCUGCCAUUCUUCUCAACGAGAGUCUCUUUAUUGAGCUAAAUGGCAAUGUAACACAGCUACUACAGCAACAUAUAGAAGAUUCAUCUAUGGGCAGCAACAGCAGCAGCAGCAGCAAUAUGACUAUACCCAUUAUCAAUGCCACCAACAAUGUCAUCCAGCUGGAUGAUGAGCAACGACAACAGGCGGCGGCAAAUGAGCGUGAAAUGGCCGAAUUUUGGUUACUGGUCAAAAUGAUCGUCAUGGCUGUUGUUCUUGGCCUAAUGAUACUCGUCACCAUUAUAGGAAAUGUAUUUGUAAUUGCAGCCAUUAUAUUGGAACGAAACUUGCAAAAUGUUGCUAAUUAUUUGGUUGCAUCGCUGGCUGUAGCUGAUUUAUUUGUUGCUUGUCUUGUCAUGCCGCUUGGCGCCGUCUACGAGAUAAGUAAUGGCUGGAUAUUGGGACCGGAAUUGUGUGACAUUUGGACAUCUUGUGACGUGCUUUGUUGCACAGCUUCCAUACUCCAUUUGGUGGCUAUUGCGGCAGACAGAUAUUGGACUGUAACCAACAUUGAUUACAACAAUUUGCGGACACCACGUCGUGUUUUUCUCAUGAUAUUCUGUGUUUGGUUUGCCGCAUUGAUUGUAUCGUUGGCUCCGCAAUUCGGUUGGAAGGAUCCCGAUUAUAUGAAGCGCAUCGAAGAGCAGCAUUGCAUGGUCUCACAGGAUGUGGCCUAUCAGAUAUUUGCCACCUGUUGCACUUUCUAUGUGCCACUAUUGGUUAUAUUAUUUCUCUACUGGAAGAUUUAUAUAAUUGCCAGGAAGCGCAUACAAAGACGUACACAAAAGUCAUUCAAUGUGACGUUGACAGAAACCGAUUGUGAUUCCACAGUACGUGAACUAAAAAAGGAGCGUGGCAAACGCCGUACAGCCGGCAGGAAACAAGAUGAAGGCAGUGAUGCCAACCAGCAGCAGAUGGAUGAAACGUUGGCAGCGGACUCACAGGUACAACGACGUCAACGCAAACGUAUGAAAAUCUGUUUUGGCCGCAAUACAAAUACGGCCAGCAUAUGCGCCGGCUCUGAGGGUGCUGUGGCCAGAUCUGUGGCAGCCAUUGCCGUGGAUUUUGCCAGUCUGGCCAUUACGCGCGAGGAGACAGAGUUCAGCACUAGUAACUAUGACAACAAAAGUCAUGCGGGCACCGAACUAACAACCAUUUCCAGCGAUGCUGACGAUUAUCGCACCAGCAAUGCUAACGAAAUUAUAACACUCUCACAGCAGGUGGCCAAUGCCACACAACAUCAUUUAAUAGCCUCUCAUUUAAACGCCAUUACGCCAUUGGCUCAGUCCAUAGCUAUGGGUGGUGCAGUUGCAUCAACAGAGGGCCAGAGUCCUGUUGGUGGUGCAACACACAAGGGUAUCGGUGUACUGGCCAGUAUUGCCAAUCCGCAUCAGAAGCUGGCCAAGCGACGACAGCUGCUUGAGGCUAAAAGAGAACGUAAGGCUGCCCAGACAUUGGCCAUCAUCACCGGUGCCUUUGUCAUCUGUUGGCUGCCCUUCUUUGUCAUGGCCCUGACAAUGAGCUUGUGCAAAGAGUGCGAAAUUCAUCCGGCCAUUGCAUCGUUAUUCUUAUGGUUGGGAUAUUUUAACUCCACCCUGAAUCCGGUCAUCUAUACCAUUUUCAAUCCCGAGUUUCGACGCGCUUUUAAACGUAUUCUCUUUGGCCGAAAACAUGCAGCUCGAGCUCGUAGUGCGAAAAUUUGAUUUCAACUGAAGGCAAACGAGGACCAGUAUUUGUAACAAGGUGAAACCAAAAAACAAUGAAAAAGAGUUACUAAUCAGACAGAUGGAAAAAUUGAUGGGUCCCCAAAACUAUUACAAAAAUAUAUAGGGUAUGUAUAUAUGCUAUGGGAAUUGGCAUUGCCUUAGAUUUAGUCGUUUAGGUUUAGCCGUGACAAUCCUAACUAGUAAAUUAUUAAGUAAAAUCCCACACACGUGCCCCCCUUAAACCGAAUGUAACACCAGCAACAACAAACAAAAAACAGAAGCGAAAACUAGGUUUAUUUUUGUAUAUGAUAAAAUUGUUUAACAUUAAGAUUCAAAGUUAUUCCACUUAUUGAAUUCCAUAUAAAGUUGAUUAUAUAUGUGUAGAUUAAAUGUAAAUUGAAAACAACAAAAUUAUAAUAUUAACAAAGUCUUCCCUGUGUCUUAAAGAUGUCCCUUAAGAUUAAUUGCAGGCAUUGCGGGGCGACGAGAUGGUGAUUAUAAUUGAUGUUGGGCGGGAAUUGUGUAGAAAUGGGUCUACUCAAAUCACAAAGGCUGGGUCCAAGCAACAAACUUCUUACGCUUUUAUAAUUCUGUGUUAGAACCCCUUCGCUGUGUUUCUCUCAAGAAAACCCCCCCUAAUUCUUAUCAUUAAAACAAAUUGUAGUUGUAAGUACAUAUUAGAAAACGUUAUGUUAAAUGCUCAAUUAUGCAAUUUUAUUUGAAAGUUCAAGUCAAUAUAUAUAUACAUGGAUAUAUAUAAAUUAUAACGAAUUUACACAAAUUCACUUACAUUACCAGACAAAACGUAGUUGAUCAAAAUUUUAGCAUACAUAUA